ACGCCCCCUUAGCUUUGUCCACCUCUCCCUCUCUGAGCUGGAGUGCAUGGCGUCUGAAUUCAGUUGUUGAGCGCUCUUUGCACUGGGUGGCUUUAUUCAGUCACACUUUAUUGGAGUGUUUCUGUCAGGACUGUUUGCUACACAGAGAAAUUAUUCAGAGAGAUGCAAGGUAAGCAAAGAGUGACUGCAAACGGUGCACAUUAAGGAUCUUGGAAGAGUGAAGUUGGAGGCUGCCAAGAGGAACAGGUGGAGCACUGGCAUCAGCAACUUUAACAGUUCAACGUAAUUACUUCCAAAAGGGCCCAGACGCUCGAAUGCAUUUAUCACUGGAUACCAUGAGCAUGGUGGACGACAGCUGCCUCUCACCCAGCCACUUCCACGAAAUGGGGAAGGGUGGGGGCGUCACUGUGGGGGGCUGCGUCCACAGCAUCGAUGUCAUUCUGGGUUUCAGUAAAGACCAGGACCCCAUGCUCAGCCCUGCUGGGGCCCCACGGCCCCAUAAAGUGGACAUAGAUGGUCUGGUAGAGCCUGGGAGGCAGCAGGAGCUCUCAUCACACCCGACCUACAGCGGCCACCUUUCCUCCCUUAGAAACGGCAGCACAGAGCAGCAGCAGCAGUACCAUGAUACCAGCUUAUUCACAAACAAAUGUGAUGAGGAGCUGAGUGAGCUGAGGACGAGUGUCGAGAGUGAUGAAGGCAAGUCUCCAGAGCCAUGCAAGGAUGAACAGCCCAAGAAGAAGCACAGGCGCAACCGCACCACCUUUACCACCUACCAGCUGCACGAGCUGGAGCGUGCCUUUGAGAAGUCCCACUACCCGGACGUGUACAGCCGUGAGGAGCUUGCCAUGAAGGUGAACCUCCCGGAGGUCCGAGUUCAGGUCUGGUUCCAGAAUCGCAGAGCUAAGUGGCGUCGGCAGGAAAAAAUGGAUGCUAGCACUAUGAAGCUUCACGACUCGCCCAUGCUUUCCUUUAACCGCCCAGCACCAGUUCACACCAGCAUGGGUCCGAUGACCAACUCCCUCCCCUUGGACCCCUGGCUGUCCUCUCCCCUGUCCAGCGCCACACCGGUCCACAGCAUCCCAGGCUUCAUGGGUCCAGCUCAAGGCCUCCAGCCCAGCUACCCCAGCCACAGCUUCCUCAACUCCACUCCUCACCCUCAUCCUCACUCUCAUCCUCAUCCGUCCAUGGGCCAGGGGAUGCAGAGUAUGGCGCCUCCUCCAUACCAGUGCACAGCACCGUACCCUAAUAAAUAUCCUCUGGAGGACGUGGACCAGCGCAGCUCCAGUAUCGCUGCUCUGAGAAUGAAAGCCAAGGAACACAUCCAGUCAAUGGACAAGACCUGGCAUCCUAUGUGACUAACAAACCUGGCAGUCCAUGUGAAUGACAUUGGGAAAGGGAGAUUUUGAAAUUGUUUCUUGGGGUUCAGGGUCAACAGACAUUAAGUAAAAUGUUGGAAAAUAUGGCAGUGACUUGUCUGAUACCCACAGAGCAAAGGAAUUGGAUUUUGAACUGUGAAAACUGAGGAUUCUUCUUUUUUUCCUCAUCUCAAGGACAUUAAGCAGACAAGUGAACUCUACAGUAUUGUUAAAUUGUUCAUUUUAAACCACCAAUUACCAGACAUCUGUUCCCUCCCAUGUAAAAGUGUUUAGCGUUGCCUUGGGUGCUGUAAAAGCAAAUCUUCUCAGUCUUCUUGGUGACCAUUGCACCCUGGAAGCAAGGACAUUUCUUUCCUUAUAACAAACUAUAGUAUCUUUACAGGCAUGCUUCCCUUUGGAUGAAUGCAUAGUUCCAUCAAUAUUCAUGAACAGCUUGUCUAGUGAUAUAGGCAGGUUUUCAGGGGUCACAUAUAUACUUUGAACAUAUAUGUCCCUUGUGAAAGCUUGUGUCAGAGGACAGCUGCCUGAAAAGGGAAUUAAGCUAACACGAAAAUCUUUAUUAUUGUUCUUAUCACUUUUCUGUUAUUUCUGUUAACCAUCAAAAAUCGAAUUGGACAAAACAUCCUACAUUCAGCUGGCCAUUUUUCCACCAAGUUUGUGUUUUAACUAAUUAAUCCAAUUGUUCAUCCAUUUUCAUGGGUCAGCUAAUCAGAGUCACAGAGUACUUUGUGGAUGAAAGUCCAGUCUCAGUUUAAUGUGAGAGCAGCUUUUAAAAAUCACGGCAGUGUAUCUGACUGCGACUGUUAAAUGCACGUUUCACUAAUCUGUUGAUUUAUAAAAAAUACGUGUUACUGCCUUUCAGCUAAACUCCAAAUUAAAGCAUGGUUUAUGUUGCUACUUACUGGCUGCCCAGUUUAUAUAUAUAUUGAGCCUGUAGCCUAGAUAACCUGUUAUGACUGGAGGAAGAUGACAGCAGAGGACCAGUGAGGCCUACUGUUGUGGUUUUCAACAUACAGGGAGAGGAGAAUCUCUUAAUUAUGCUGAUAGACUAGAUCAUUGUUUGGUGGGAAAGUGUACUAGAGUCAGAGAUGUGAUGGCACCUUUGAAGUGGUCCACGGCUGAAAAUAUACCAAAAAUAAUUCUGCACAGUUAUAAUCGUUUUUUUCUGAUUUGUGCUGAGAUGCUUUAAAGAAGGAAGGAAGGAAGUUUAAAAGAAAGAAAAGGUAGGGAGCGGAGUAACCCUCUUUUUGCUUGAGUGGCUGUUGGAGGAGAAGACCUGUUGGCAGCUCAGUGUUGGGUGGCUGCGUGUACGUGCAGGGCAGCAGAAAGGGCCCUGUGUGAUGCGUCACCCCACAUAGUUAAGUCUUUGUUCGGCACAAUUGAUCCAAGUGUAUCCUCUUUGUCUAAAAUUGAAGGGGUGGUUAGGGGGGACUGUCUCAGGCUGCACUAAAUAGGCCCUUGUAACCAUUUUGUCAUGGAAGUUUUUUUGUUUAUUUUUCCCAAUCAAAGGAGGAGAAACAUGGAUUGUAGCUGCUAUGGUCACUAGUGACACAAUAUUGGUCUCUUCCCAUCUGUUACAGAGUCAAGCUCUAAUUGUCUUAAAGAUAGAGAGGAAAUCUAACCACAAUGUGUUUCAUAUGAGCAGUAGAGCUAAAUAGAUUUGUAUUUGGUAUUGAGACAUCUACAGAUAGCAUCUCACAUAACAAAAAGUUAUAUGGUAACUUUUUUGACUUUGUUAUUUUGUUAUGGAACAAGAGGGAGAAGAAAAUCCUUUAUCUUAAAGUGCAAUUUCAGACUCCUUUUAAUUUUUUAUUUAAAAAGGAGACAAUUGUUCCCCCUAACUACCUAUUGUGUGGUUGUGAUAUUUCAUUUUAAUUUGGUGGGAAAGUGGUGCUGACAACAUGUCAUACAUCCACACUGACUAGAGCAGCAAUAUCAACAACACUAUUAGGUCAUUUCUGUUUUUAAAACACAUUGUUGUACUGCUCAGAGAGGGAAAAACAGUUAUUCAUCUGCUGCUCAUCAUUAGUUCCCAUGCAAUUUUUUAUUGUUGUUGGUUAGUGAUGUUUAGAAUCCCUAUUGGAAAAUGCCAGGAAAUCACAACAUGGAGGAAAUGAGGAUUACCUUGCAC